AUGGCUCCGGAGCUGCAUGCGCUGCCGGUGCACCGGCAGGGCUACGGCUUCCCGGUCGACGUGUGGGCGACAGGCGUGUCGAUGUAUUGCGUCAUGUUUGGCGGCCGCCAUCCCUUUACCAACACUGCAGGCCUGCUGGACUUGAGGCUGCUAUGCCAGGCGAGCAUGGACUUCAGAGAGCCGGGCAUGAAGGGCACCCUAGGCGGGCUACGCUUCUCCGACGAGGCCCGGCAGCUCUGCAGGUGGAUGGUCGCCGUGGACCCCGUUCGCCGCAUGAGCGCCAGGGACGCCUGCGUAGCAGCAGCCGCGUGGGUGAGCAAGACGCCCGCGCUGCUGCAGUCCAGAGCACGGCAGCCGCGCGGCGCCAGUGAGGUGGGCCGACUCGACCUCGGGGCCCUCGUCGAGGCGCGCGGCUGCGACGCAGGCGAGGCCGCCCAGCUUGCGACGCCGCGGGCGCUGGAGAAGGUCGGCGGUUUCAAGAAAGUGAAGGAGGACGACCCCGCCCUGGGCGACCUCUGGCCGCCGCAGCGCGACCUCCUCGGCGCCCGGGUGGGCCAGUCUCUGGAAGCCGCGCGGCAGUCAGUGAACCCGAGCGGCUCCUCGCGGCCAGCCUGGCUCGUCACUGGGCGCCUAGGCCUCGCGUGCCCCGCAGAGUUUGCAGGCCGCGCCGGGGACAAGAAGUCGAACAAGUGCACCAACAAGAAGGAGCAGGAUGGCGGCGGCGGUGGCGGCGGUCUCCGAAAUCACUCCGACGGGUCGUCGCCCCCCCGGCCAUGUCAAGAGCUGCUCAUGGCCUUCGGGCUUCCUUCGAGUGGCGUGAGAGUGGAGCUGCGCCGCGGGCGCCGCAGAGACGCGCGCGGCGGCUUCGGGAGAGACCAGCGAGUCCGUGGCCUAUCUCUUCUGGCUCUCCCUUGGGCGCCCCGCGGGUGGGUCGACGGGCCCAGCCUCGCCGCGCCCUUCGCCGGACGUCAUUGGCAGCUGGUGCGCCAGCUUGGUGACAGGUAUCCAGGUCGACGCCGUGCAGGAAAGUCAAUGCCGCUCCCGUCUGGUGGCGUCGCUGACACCCAUUGGACUGCGACAGGGCUCAUGGGCGAUUCGCAUGUGGGAACCAGUGCCAAUUUUGAGGGGCGUUUCGCCCUCGCCACUGCCAACCUCGACAUCCCGUUCAGCAGUGCGACGAUCUUGCCCGGGGGCGCCAGUCGCGCCUGA